AUGGACAAUUACGUAAUACUGCGCUCCAGGGGUGUACUCCAGAAAGCAGGUUAUGUGACAUACCCGGGUAUGUUUAAGAGUAAGGUUAGUUUGUUUCAGAGAGGUUUCCGAGCGGCGUGCCCUUUUGAUGAUGAUCCUGUGGACGUAGAGGCACAGAUUAUACAGGGUUUUAUUCGCCGUGAUAGGGUGAUAAGACCACGUAUCGAUGUCUUUUCUUAUCCUAACGAAUAUUUGCAGGAGCGCUAUUGUUUUUCUAGGGAGUCGUUAAUUUAUUUAACAAACCUACUAAAACCACACAUCUCAAACGUAACAAACCGCGGGUCAGCGCUUAGCGCCAAACAAAUUCUUUGUAUUGCUCUGCGCUUUUUUGCUACGGGGAGUUUUCUCUACAAUGUGGGCGAUGCAGAGCAUGUGGGAAAGGCAACAGUGUGUAGAGCCGUUCGUACAUUAUGCAUGGCACUUAAACGGUUUCUACACACUUUUGUACAGUUCCCUGGCCAUAAACCUGUGCGCUUUAUUAAAGAAGAAUUCCACAGGGUGGCAGGGAUCCCAAACGUGAUUGGGUGCAUUGAUUGCACCCACAUUCCUAUUAAAGCUCCAUCUAUCAAUGAGGGAGACUAUGUUAAUAGGAAGUCUGUGCAUAGCAUCAAUGUGCAGGUAAUAUGUGAUGCAACCCACCUCAUCACUUAUGUUGAGGCAAAAUGGCCUGUGUCUGUACAUGAUGCCAGAAUAUUUAGAGAGUCAUCUCUGUGCAACAAAUUUCAACAGAGACACUUCUAUGGUUACUUGCUGGGGGACAGAGGAUACCCUUGCCUCCCCUAUAUGAUGACACCCUACCCUGAUCCUGAGCGCGGACCACAGACACGCUUCAACCUGUCUCACAGCAGAACACGGGCCAAGGUGGAGAUGACAAUAGGCAUUCUGAAGGCAAGGUUUCAGUGUCUGCGUGGGCUCAGGGUCACUCCAAAUAGGGCAUGUGACAUCACAGUUGCUUGUGUGGUACUUCACAACACUGCCACAAUAAGAGGAGAGAGGCAUCCCCCCUGUCCUGAUGAAGAUGACCUAGAACAACACCCAUUGAAUCUAGCAGACCACAGAGAUGGCAGAAUGCUUAGAGACAUGAUUUGUCAAAAUCACUUUAUUUAA